AGUUUUCUGGGGACGAAAGGCGGGAGGUGGGAGGGCUGUUGGGCGCUUCUUCCCUUCAAAAGGCAGAAUUUUUCUUGAAGUGCGCCGGAGAGGAACUGAGUCACCAGGAAUGGCUUUCCGGGGGCUCCUGGACGCUGCUCUAUUCGGCUACAGAACUCGCCGGGCAGAAGGCGAGGAUGCUGGGCCUGAGGCGGCUGCUGUCCGCAGUGCUGCGGGCCGCCCUGCGGGGAGAAGGAAGCUGCUGCAGCCAGGCCGGGUCCCUGUGCUGACCCAGAAGCUGAGGCUUCCCGUCAGCCUACGACCCUGGGCGGUUCAGGGAUGAGUGUUUCAUUUCAGAAAGUUUUGGGAAAACCUCUUUACGGGACGUCUUUGGUGUGCUUUUCUCCCGUAUGUGGGGCACCUUUCACUUUUGUGCUUUUCAGCCUUUCAGAGCACUUCAUUAGACGGCCGUCUGGAACGGUGCAAGGUCUUUAGUCGAAGGGAGGCAGCACCCGGUGUGGAGUGUGAAGCAGACACUCUCCAAAUGAGAGUACCUACUGAGAUUUUCCUAAGUUACACAUGGAAAAAUACUUCCUUUGUUUGGAAGAGUGAUGGUACAACUGGGCCGUCUUCCAGCGAAGGGAAGAGCAUGACUUUCCAAAAGCGUAUAGCCCAGCUUUGCUUAAAGAUGUCUUCCUUGUUCACUCAGGAAAUUCACCUUUCUAAAAGACAUGAAGCAAUACUAUCACAAAGAUUAAUGUUACUCCAGAAAAUGAAGAAUAAAUUUGGAGAUCAGAACACACAAAGGGCAUCUCUCCUGCAAGGCACUGAGACUGCUUCUAAAAGGAACCGUAGUCUCCUCCUGGACAUGGAUGCUGCAGAGAAGUCAUUACAGACCAGGCUCACCCCACAUCCGCAGCCUGCUGUGCUUUCUCUUGAGGCUCGUUACUGGGCAUCAGUAGAAGAACAUGUCCCCAGUUGGGAACAGUUCCUUUUAGGAAGAGCACAGAAUCCGAUUGGUGGUGAAAAGCAAAGUGAGGCAGAAAACACCCUUCAAAAUAAGGUUAGCUCCAGCUAGUGUGGAUGCUUUCUAUUAUUUACUACCGGAACAGCAACAAGACGCUGCUGGAAAGUCUGCCAUGCUUAGCUGCUCUCAUCCAAUACUAGUCAUAUGGAGUCAUAAGACUGUGUGCCUCAGACAGACUUUUCUGAGUCCUUAACUAUUAAAGCAUUCAAUAUGUGGCCAGUUUCAGGAAGACUCGGAAUGGUUUGAGAAAGAAUGAUGAGAGCUGGGAACGGUUUCUGCAUUCUGACUGAUUUAUUUGAGGAUUACCAACAUUGUGAAAACAAAUAAUGCCUUCCUCAAUGUUAUCCUUCAACUUGACCUCUCCUUUCUACUCUGUAAAACUUACAAGUAAAGUAAAUAAACUCCCAGAGCUGUGGGCCACAGCCCUCAACAGAA